UAACUAUCUCCAGUUCGGUCACACCACCAACGAUAUCCUAAUUCUUUUUCGUGCGCCACUAUAAAUUUGACAAUUUAAAUAAUACAAGAAUCAAAUUAAACGAAAAUGAGUGUUGUUCCUCUUAUUCACUUUCUUUUUUUUAAUUUGAGCGCCCAGCUAACGGCAAUUAAGAAGCUAUAGUUGAAUCGGAGUGAAAAUAUAAACGCCGCCGCUGAGGCGGUGGCGUCGACAAUUUUUUUAAUAUUUGUUUUUUAUUGACAAGUGUAUUUUCUGUCGUGGUCAAAACGAAAGCGCGUUACGCCAGCAGAUCAGCAACAGCAGCGGCCGUAAAGAAAGGCAGCGCGACAGCAGCUAUCGUGUGAGUGUGAUUUAGCGAGCAAGCUAGAAAGAGAGCGCAAGAUAUUUAAUGUGAAUGUGAAGCGUGCGUGUGAAAGAAAGUGCAAAAGGAAAACAAAGUUGAAAAAAGAGGAAAAAUAAAAUAAAAUAAAUAAAUAAAUUUUAAAACAGCGCAGAUAACGCAAAAGUGAAAGAACCAAAACAAUAACAACAAAUCAAACAAAAUGAGUGCCAACAAACGACGCCGUAGCAACAGCAAUAGCAGCAGCACCACUCGAAUGGGCACAGCUGACCAAAUGAACGCAGCAAAGGAUGUGCGCGACGUCGCCGCUGGAGAUAACGGACUUCACAAAUUUGACGCUAGCAGCGUUGACGAGCUGCUUGAAAUGCCGCGCGUGUGUCGCUGUUGCUGCAAAGGCGACAUGGAAUUGCUCAGCCUGUUCGAAGCCAGCGAUGAGGCAGCCAAAUUGCAGACAUCAACAAAAACUCAACGCCUACGCAAAUCAACAAUAACAGCCACAACUGCGUCAGAAGCAACACAACAGCGUAAAAGUGAUAAUCCAGUGGAUUAUGCGCUCAGCGGUGCACACAGCGGUAUGGACAUUGUGCGCGAGGAGAUGAUCAUUUGGAUGCUCAAUAUCUCAUAUAGGGAUGGCCUGCCGCAGGAGAUUUGCCGUCAAUGCAAGGCGCAAUUCAUAAUGGUGGCCAAGUUUCGGCGGCGCUGCUUGCGUGUGCAGCUGCGUCUGGAGGAGUAUGCCAAGAAUAUAGCCGAGCGCAAACAACGAUUGGCUGCCAAGCUGGGUAGGCGAGCACAGUUGAGUGAUGUACCUGCAGAAGAUUAUCUUCAUCUGCCCGAGUCGCAAGCGGAGCGCAAGCGGCGUCUGCUGCUCGGCAUCGAGCAGCCGCAGCCGCAGCCCAAAGUAGCCAAGACUGAAGCCGAUGUGGAAGUGCCGACGGCAUCGAGUGUCCAACAUCUGCAGCUGCGUGCGCGCAAAAUGCGAACUGCCUCGUUGCCAGGCAAUAGAAUAGAGACUGAACCUACGCCGACGCCAGCAACACGAAGUGUGUCCCAGCAGGGCGAAGUGAGGUUGAGGGGGCGGACGCCACACAGGUCGCCCACCAAACGAAUGCACGUGCCCUGGAAAACGAAAGCGGCGCGCAAACAGCUCUCCGAAACGUUGUCAAGCUGCUCCACAAUGUCCAACUGCGGCACAGACACCACGACGCCGGAUGAGCCGCCAAAGGUGCAGCUGCCAACGCUUCAGUCAGCGCCGAGUUCCGAAACUGAGACGGAAUCAAGCUCAGGCCAAACGUCACUGGAGCAGCUGAGUGAUUUGUCUGUGAAUCCAUGUCUCGGCUUUGACAUUGAUGGCCACAGUUACUCCUCGUCAACCUCUUCCAGCUCAUACGCUUCCUCAGCAACAGCUUUGACUGCUGGCCAAAAGGCAACAACGCCGAAAUCCAAGCGGAAGUUUCCACCAAAGCGUCGGUCGCCCAAAAAGUCGCCCAUGGUGGUGCGCUGUGGACGCAAAUUGCAAGUCAACUCUGUGCCGCUCAAGCGAUCGAGGCGCAUCACAGGCAAGAAGAAGUUACAGCAGAUUGUCAAGAACGAAUUGUGCGAUGAAGGGUCGAUGGAACAGUGCAGCAAUACAUUAGCAGAGAAUUCUCCACAGACGACAGUCGCAAACGAGACAUUAGAGAAGUUUGCCAGCAACUCUUCGGUGGACUCGAGCGAAACAGCAGCGAGCACAGCAGCUGAUAGGAAUGCGGUAAACACGAUUGCAGAAAUAAGAGAAUUGAGGGAACAGCAGGAACAGAUCUGCACCUCUCCGGCGCCGUCAGAGCCAAUCGAAUCCUCUCUAGACGCUGCAGUCAAAGAAACUGAGGUCAUAAAGCCAAUCGGACAAAUGGACAGCAUAUCAAAGGAAGCUAACGUGGCUAGCGAAAUAGAAAUGACGAAUGGAAUUGCCGAGUCAGCUGAUUCGACAGUACAAUUCGAAGAGCUGACAUCGUCCACUACGGAGCAGGGCAGACAAUCCCUGACGCCCGAGGUGCCCGCAGCGGAGUCCGAAAUAGAGUUGCACAUAGCGCAUGAGGAGCUGCGGGCGGAUGAGGAAGGUAAGGAGUCGGAGCUUAAAGUAAGCAUACCCCUGGAAGUGCUAGACGAUGACCUGCAGCGCAAGCUGUGCAGCAACACAGAUGCCUUGGUGGAUACCGAGCAGCAGGAGACGGAGCCCAAGGAGCCAGCGGAAGCGGACGAUGUGAACAACAAUGAGAAUGGCGAGAAUUUUUGCCAGAGUGCUACAGCAGAUAGCUUCAAUUCUGCUGUGGCACUCACAACCAACCAAAUUGAAGCAGAGCCCAAUGGGGGCGUGACUGUGACUGUGGUGGCAACACUGGACGACGACAUGGAGUCGCUGGAGCGACUGGUCAAUAUGCAGCAGCAUCAGCCAGUUAACGUUAACGAGAUGCAGCUGCCACGUGCUAGCACUGCCAACUCCAUGGACUUCUUGGCCGAAUUCGAGAAGCACUGCGAGAAGACGCUCAAGCUGCAGUCGCAGUCGAAGUCGCAGGCACAGGCGCAGUCGCAUUCGCAGCCGCAGGAGUCGCCACUCAAUGUGGAACUCGAGCUGGUGGAGGCCAAGCAGCAGUUAGAAGUGGAGAUGAAUGACGUGGAGAGUACGUUGCAUGGCAUACUCAACGAGAUGCAGGAUCAGCAUCUCUACACGCCUGUCUGCACGCCCAUCGAUGAGCUGCUGACGCCCGCGGAUUACGUUGUGCACAAUGAAGCGGAAGCGCCUGUGGCGACGCCGGCAGCGACGCAGCUCUAUGAGCCGCCAGCUGAGGCGAGUCAGAUGCAGCAGCAACAACAACAGCAGCAGCAGCAGCAGGUGAAAGAGGGGAAUCUGUUCGAUAGCAGUAAUUUUAGCAAUGAGCUGAUUGGCUUCCAAAACGAUAUGCCUUGCUUCGAGAACAUUGAGGCGACGGCCGAGUCAACGGCGGCGCAGCAGAGCCUGCAGCUGGAGCUGACGCAGUUACUCAACGAUCUGCAGCCAGCGCAGCAGCCAUUGCAGCAGUCAUUGCAGCCGACGGUGCAGCAGCAACAGUUGCAGAUGCAGCCGGAGACAGUCAGCUAUGAGUCACUGUAUCCUGUUGCCUCAGCCAACAGCAGCAAGCUGCAGGUGAUCCAGAUGCAGCCACAGGAGACGCUGUGGCAGGCUCCAGCAACUACCACCCAGCCGACAACAGGGGCUCAACUGCAGUGGUCAACGGUGAGCGGCUUGGAGGCCAUCAAGACAGCGCCCGUGGCCGGCGUGGACGCCCUGGAUGGCAGUGGCACAACCACCUACUAUAUCAGUGCCGGUGAUCUCUACCAGACGCAGCUGCAGUCGCAAACGGCGCAGCUAACGGGCAAUGGCUAUGCGCUGCUGGACAGCAAUGAGAACUAUCUGCUGGAGCAACAGGAGCCACAACAGCAGACGCAACCCCAGCAGCAGCAGCAGCAGCUGCAGCACCAGCAGCAACCCAUUAUGAUACUCAUACAGCAGCCGGAGCUGCAGCAGCCGGUGGCAUCCGCCAGCAAUCCGCAGCAGCCGCCGCUGCAUAUAACAUAUGGCGCCAGCCUGAGCAAUGAGCUGCACGCCGCCUAUCCGCAACAACAAUUGCAACCGCAUCUACAGCAGCAGCAGCAGCAGCAGCAGCAGCAGCAGCAUCAAGAGAUGCAGUCACAGCCCCAACGCCUACAACAACAAGUACAAAAUACAGUAUUAAGCACACCUCCUGCUGCCGUGCCGCCGCCCACACGAGGCCGUCCGCCCGUAUUGAAGUGCCGUUUCUGUCAGAAUGGACCACGCUUCUCCAGCAGCCUGGAGUACAGUCGCCACAUCAUUGAGCUGCAUCCGCCCGUGGCGCCUUUCAACUGUCCCCAUUGCCCGAUGGCUUUUGCCGGGCGCAACAAACGCAACCAGCACAUCCUUAGCAAUCACAUGGUGCAGCAGUUCCAGUGUGGCCAAUGCUCGCAGCUGUUGCCCUCGCAGCGUGCUCUGGAUCUACACUUGCAGCGCUUCCAUAUGCCACUGCCCACCGAGCCACCAGCUGAUGCUGCUCCUGCUGCUGCUGGCGUGCGCCUCGAGGAGGUUCAUUUACAAAUAGCCAACAACAACAACAACCACAGCGAGCAGCACAAGCAACUCCAGCAACAGCAGCAGCAGCAGCACCACCAGCAUAUACCUUCUUUGGAAUCCCAAACAAGUUGCCAACAGCCACGCAGGACGCGCAUACUCUGCUGCCCAGACUGCGAGGACUGCUCUUCGGUUAGUGGAAAUACUCAUGGCAGGGGGCAGGCGUCGUAUGAGGAGCUGUCGAACUUGCAACCGCCGCCGAAUGUUUUGACGCCGCCCUCGACAAUCGCAUCGCUGCCAUCGCCGCAACCGGCGCCGCACAUAACGUUGCCGUCGCCGGAGCAAUCGGAGCCGGACUCGACGACGGCCACAUUGAGGCAGUUCCGCAAGCGCUGUAUAGCCAGCAACUGCACGUCAGCCGGAGCUGCUUCCAUGGCAACUUCAGCAACAACAACAACUACGGCGGCAACAACAAUGCUAUCGACUGCACCGUCGCCGUCGCCGUCUUCAUCGCCGUCCUCAUCCACAAUGGAGACGAGCACCACAUUGCAGUUGGGCAAGCUGCGCAGCAACCACCAGUGCGCCGUUUGCGAGAAGCACUUCACGAACAUCAUUGCGCUGCGCAAGCACCAGCAACUGGCCCACGACUCUCAGACAACGAUGCCCUGGGUGUGCGGGAUCUGCAAGCGAGGCUAUAGGAAACGCACCGAUAUGGACAAUCACAUGAAGUCGCACGAGCCGAAGGGCCGGCCGUACGAGUGCAACGAGUGUUGGGUACGUUUUCCGGAGUUCAAGCAGCUGGCCAUGCACAAGUUCACCGUCCAUGAGCUGAUCAAGCCGCAUACCUGCGAUGAGUGUGGUAAACAAUUUGGUACGGAGAGCGCCUUGAAGACGCACAUUAAGUUUCACGGUGCCCACAUAAAUACUCACCUGCCGCUGGGGGUAUUUCUCAACGACAAGAUGCCGAGCAGUGUAAGCAGUAAACUGGAGAAUCCUUCAAUGUCAGCCACUGUCGAAGAAUCAUCACUGCCAUUAACGCCGCUGAGCAACUGCAAUGGGAACAGCGGCAGCAUCGAUGAUUGCCCUGGCUCCGUGGAACUGGUGGAAAGCAGCAUGACGCCUUCGCUGGACAUGACUGUGAAUACGCCGUAACAAUUGGCGCAACUUUAUUAUUUGAUUUAUCAGGAACCUGGAACGGCGCCCUCCUAUUAUUAUUGCUAUGCUUAGCAAUGGGUUCCACUCAUACACACACACAGACACAGCACACAAACACAGAGAGAGAAAAACCCAGCACAACAUGAUAAACUGUUGCAGACUGCAUUCAAUGCACACUAGUUCUAAGCUACACACACACAGACAGACACACACACACGCAGACUUAGUUCACAUAAAUUUUAGUCCACAGAAGUUUAGAUCUAAAAUAAAUAACUGGAGAAUUGAAUUCAUUGAAUGACUCUAAUGUAUAUAUACAAUAUAUAUACGAAUUGUGAACAAGAAAGUAUGUGUAUAGCUUUAUUUUAUUAAGUAAUGUCAUUUCAGGUGCAAACAUUAUUAGAAGAGCAAUGAGGCGCAGAUUUAAAUAUUACAUUUAAGAUCUUUAGUGGCAAUCCAAAUAUUUACUCAAAGAUUUGAAGCACACAACAAACACUCUGCCAUAAAUACAAAUAUUUUCAUUAACGCAUUUCGUAACGAAUCACAUUGAUUGAAGCCUAUUUAAUUUAGUCCUUAAGAGAGAAGGUAUUUGAAUUUCCUCUCUAUGGGUAAAUAUUUGGCUGUCUAAGCUUAAUUUAAACAAUACAUUAAUUUUAAUUUAAUCAAGUCUGAGCUCAACUUAUUUUGUAACGCUGAGUUAUGAAGCGAAAUAGCACUACGAACAAUAACUAAUACAAAACGGAAUUCUUUCAAACUUUAUUUUAUGUAUAAAUAUAAAUUAUGCAAUAAACAAGUUAUGUUUUAGAGUGCUAUAACAAAAACAA